UGUAAACUAACAUUAAACUAGUAACAUCAACUUCAACUUUGAAAACUAAAAAUUUAUAAAAAAAAUGGCUUUUAUGUCUCGUGAAUAUAAAUUCGAAACUACCAUCAAUAUGCACAAAAAAGAUCAACACACCAUGGCCAUGCGCAGUUUAAAGAAACUGGUCAAGCCAUUAAUGCGUUUGGUGAAAAAGAAACAAUUGCUGAAAAAAACUCUAGCAGAAAUUCAACAAAACACCUACAACUCCAGUUUGGAAGAUAUGCGCAAAGAUCCCGUCUCAUUAAAUGCGGCCGAAGAUAAUGUAGCCAAUGAAGCUUUGGAGCAGAGAAUCUACAAUGAAAUUAGACAAUGUCCCGCUAAUUCGGCAGUUAUUGUCCAUCAGGGCCAGCAGCAACAUUUAGUGCCUGUCCAGCCUCAACAGAAUUACAUUCCUGUACAUUUUGCCCGCACCAAUAGUGGUACUUUCUUUUGGACCUCUAUGGAUCUGGCUAAACAGCAAGAAUUACAAAUGAGAAAUCAAUUGGAUAGAUGGGCUCAAGCUUAAGUUUCCACAUCACACGAAAAUAUUUCCAUUGGUAGCAGCUUUAAUUAAACAAUAUUUUCUUGUUUUUAUUUAACAAAGAAAAUUUUGUUUUAGUUAUUAUUAUUUUUUUAAUUAAUUUUUUUGUGUAAAAUUAACAAAAGUGAUAUUAGUUUUUUUA